GCCCACGCCCUCCUCCAGCCAGCCCGGCAUCCAGCGCAGCGCCGGGCCUCGCUCCCCGUGCGUCCUGCGGGGGAGGAGGCGCGGAGAGGCGGCAAGCGCAGCCGAGGAGGUGGGGGCAGAGGCAUAGACAGAGGCUCGGAGCGAGAAGACGUGGAGGGAGGGACGGAGCCUGGACAGCGGUGGACCCGGGCCCCGCGCGCCAGGCGAAGUGCUGCGCCCAGCAGGCGCCGGGCACGGAGAGGGGAGGCAGGGGUGAUCUCUGGCCGUCCAUGAACAGAGCGCCCUCUCCCACAGCGGAGCAGCCACCUGGCAGAGGGGAUAACACCCGCCGGACCCCGCAACCCAGACUCAAGGCAAGUGCCCUAACCAUGGCACUGCCUCGAACCCUGGGUGAGCUGCAGCUGUACCGGGUCCUACAGCGGGCCAACCUCCUUUCCUACUACGAGACCUUCAUCCAGCAGGGAGGGGACGAUGUGCAGCAGCUGUGUGAGGCGGGUGAGGAGGAGUUCCUGGAAAUCAUGGCACUCGUGGGCAUGGCCACCAAACCACUCCAUGUCCGCCGUCUACAGAAAGCUCUGAGAGAAUGGGCCACCAACCCUGGGCUCUUCAGCCAACCAGUUCCUGCCGUACCUGUCUCCAGCAUCCCACUUUUCAAGAUCUCCGAGACAGCGGGUACUCGGAAAGGGAGCAUGAGCAACGGGCAUGGCAGCCCGGGAGAGAAAGCUGGCAGUGCCCGAAGUUUUAGCCCCAAGAGCCCCCUUGAACUUGGAGAGAAGCUAUCACCACUUCCUGCAGGUCCUGGGGCAGGGGAUCCUCGGCUCUGGCCCGGUCAGAGCACUCCAGAAUCGGAUGUUGGAGCAGGAGGAGAAGAGGAGGCUGGGUCCCCCCCUUUCUCCCCACCUGCAGGAGGAGGAGUCUCCGAGGGGACUGGGGCCGGGGGAAUGGCUGCAGUUGGAACUGGGGGUGGUCCAGACCGCCUGGAGCCAGAGAUGGUCCGCAUGGUGGUGGAAAGUGUGGAGAGGAUCUUCCGGAGUUUCCCCAGGGGUGAUGCCGGAGAGGUCACAUCUCUGUUGAAGCUGAACAAGAAGUUGGCGCGGAGUGUGGGGCACAUCUUUGAGAUGGACGAUAAUGACAGCCAGAAAGAGGAGGAGAUCCGGAAGUACAGCAUCAUCUAUGGCCGCUUGGAUUCCAAAAGGCGGGAGGGCAAGCAGCUCAGCCUGCAUGAGCUGACCAUCAAUGAGGCUGCUGCCCAGUUCUGCAUGAGGGACAACACGCUCUUACUGCGAAGGGUAGAACUCUUCUCCCUGUCCCGCCAAGUUGCCCGAGAGAGCACCUAUCUGUCCUCCUUAAAGGGAUCCAGGCUUCACUCUGAAGAAUUGGGAGGCCCACCACUGAAGAAACUGAAACAAGAGGUUGGAGAACAGAGUCAUGAAAUCCCGCAGCCUCCUCCAGGCCCUGAGUCCUAUGCACCCUCAUACCGCCCUAGCCUAGAGGAGGACAGCGCCAGUCUGUCUGGGGAAAGCCUAGAUGGCCACUUGCAGGCUGUGGGGUCGUGCCCAAGGCUGACGCCGCCCCCUGCUGACCUGCCCCUGGCAUUGCCAGCCCAUGGGCUAUGGAGCCGCCACAUCCUGCAGCAGACACUGAUGGAUGAGGGGCUGCGGCUCGCCCGCCUCGUCUCCCAUGAUCGCGUGGGCCGCCUCAGCCCCUGUGUGCCUGCGAAGCCGCCUCUCGCAGAAUUCGAGGAAGGCUUGCUGGACCGAUGCCCGGCUCCAGGACCUCACCCUGCUCUGGUGGAGGGUCGCAGGAGCAGCGUCAAAAUGGAGGCAGAGGCCAGCCGGCAGUGAAAAUGAUGGUGUCUCAGACCCAGGACCCAGGCUUCUGGUUCACUUAGACCCCACCCCCCACAUUCUCCGUCCUUGCACUCUUGUCACCAACCCUUAAAGGAUCCUUCUGCUGCCCUUCUGCCUCCAGUCUGCUCCAUGGGCACAGGACUAUGGGGCUUCAAGCAAUAACAAGCAGGGGCCUGGCCAGAGGACACCGGAGGGUGCAAGGUGCGCCCUUCACCCGGCUCAGGGGCAUGGGCUUUGUCUCCAGCCUUCUGGGGCUCUUCCUUCUGUCAUACCACACACACACACCCAUUCUCCAAGUGGCUACUGUUCUGAGCAGCUGGACUCAGCGUGGACGUAGGGAAUGAACUUCCCCGGGGAAGCUUACAGUAGAACUGCUCUGAGACUGGGGGGCCUGGGAAAACUGGGUCUCCCCUCCCCAUUCCCACUUUCUGUGCUUCUAGUUUGUUUUCUUUAAUUUAACAAGUGCUGCAGUUUGCCCACCCACUCUCAUUACUGGCCUCCCAGCAGUUCUCUCUUGCACUGUGUGUGAGGGUGCCCCUCCACCCCAC